AUGCUUCGACGCACCGGUUGCUGCCUGGCCCUCUUCAGCAGCGCAGGGGGAUCGGCUCCGCGGUCAAAGCGGCCGCACUCCAGCAGCGACACGGACGCCUCGGCCUCGGCAGCAGCGGCGGCGGCGUCUGGCGUGUAUCUUCCAUGGACGGCGCGGCCGUGGGCAGUGACGUACCGUGUGCACUACUCGCAGUGGAAAUUUGUAGACACGGUGUUUGCGCACCUCGCCACCGUGACUCCCGCCGUGUUGAACGAUCGCGCCGAGGAGCAAGGCGUGCGUGACGUUCUGUGUGAGCUGGAGGAGCCAGUGGUAGCGCUGCGACGCCAGCAGGCACGGCAGGCUCGACAGCUGAAGAAGCAGGAGAAGGCAUCAGCAGCCAGUGCGACAAGCUCCCCCUCGCAGUUGCUCGCAUGUACUUUACAGCACACGGCCACCACCGCUCAAGCGUCCCCCUCCGGCGCAGCACCAAGUGGCAUGGCCGCAGACGACGCAGCGGCAGCGGAAACAUCGUGCACGCUGGAGUCAUUGGCCAGCGGCGCCGAUGUGCCGGCGACACACGAGGUAGUUGACAGCAGCACCACGCUACUCGAUGUCAGCAAGAUGAAGGGCAGUCGGAAGAGCAAGAGGGCCAGUCGAAAAUCUGCCACUUCUGCUGUCGUCAUCUACGAGCUGUAA